AUGCAUUGGCUGAAUAAUAAGAGGCUCGUCGUCACGGUGUCCAUAGUCGUUGCAGUCAUGUUCUGGUCGACCUUCAUAAUGCUGUUCGUCAUGCUGAUCAACUACCAGUCAUCAGCCGCAACAUCAACAGUCUCCAUCUUUCCUGUGGACGAGAUGCAGAAACAUGUGAUUGGGAAGGACGGGAAGGUAGACAGCCUUCAUGAAACAAAUCCUUUGCACAAGCAACAAUAUCAAUCAACCCAACAACAGCUACAACAACAAAACGCACAGUCGCAACAGUUUCCGCAACACAAAAUCUCAGCACACCCACACGCGCAUCAACUUCAGCAGCAGGAACAACUGGAGCAAGAAAACAACAUGAAAAUUUUGCAGUACGAAAACAAAUACGUGGACGAAUUAUUAUUUGUAGGAACAAAUACAAGAGUCCUUCAACAAUAUCAAAAAUUCAUUUCCUCACAAAACCGAGAAGUCGGCAGCAGCAGCGAAAAUACUGACCACAGCUCCACAUCCAGUCCACUAAUCGCACUUAUGAAUUCUGGCUUCAGAUUUUUCGAACUGUCCAUACAUUGUGAGAGGCAAGUGAAAGAUUGCGUCUGGGGUACGUACCACACCAGCAACAACAACCGCCAUUACAACAACAACAACAACAACGUCAACAAUAGUCAUCAGCUUGUUAAUACAUUCUUUGACGACUUGAAGCUCAUAUGCCCUUACGCGCAAAGCCAUCCGAGAGAGAUAUUCAUCUUCACAUUUUGUGGCGUCGGGAUGGGUAACUGUCCGAAAGUCAAAAGUGAAAAUAGUGAAAACUUUGAGGACGACGACGAUGAAGAUGAGGAACAUGAUGAGGAAGAUGAUAGCAUUGCAAAUAAUGAUGCUGAUGAUGAAGGUGCUGACAAGGUGGAAUUGAUGAAGAAGCUAGCCAGGGAGAAGAGGAUGAACAAAAAUUCGACAAAAACCGAGUCUGAAUAUUCUUACAACAGAAAAAUGCCUCUACCGGUUCAGGUCUAUCAACUUGUGACAGCCCUAUUAGAGCCGUGCACCUUACCAAUCAAUAUGUCCAUCACAGAGACGGUUGGAGAAAUAAUAGCUUCCAACAGAAACGUCAUUGCAUUUGUGAACCACGCUAAGAAAAGAACUCAGUCCAAAAAAUUGCAAACCGUUCUGAGGUUCGACGAAAUUAUUCGAAAAAAGUUUGUCAGAUAUUACGAUCCUUCGGAAAUCAGUGAUGGCAGAUCUAGCGAUGGAUCGUCGAGAAUUCGGUUCUCAACACUUUUCGAUCUCAAAUCCGGUUUGUCAAUAUUCUUCACUCGACCGUCAACUAUAUCGCAUCUGACCCUCGUCCUCAGACCCAGAGAUGAACGCGUCGAGUGGAAGAACUGGCUGAACUUUCGCUGGAGGAACCUAAAGUUGACAAGAAGUGCUCUCACAUUCAACUGCACUAUGUACAGCGUCUCAUUCCUAGCGUUGAUCCUCUUUUCGACGCUCGUCAUCAUCAAGAUGGUGCGACAGAAAUGGGCUGAUAAGAGAAAAGAAGAACUGAAGUAUCUGCAGUACCUGAAGCAAAAGAAGUUGGAUGACCAUCUUUCCUUGAGGAACGUCGAAUCGCUCUACGAUAGUGGUAUCAAGUUGACGAAAAAUUCUUUCGAAAAUAUUUUUUCCAAAAGGAAAUAUCCAGUCAUGAUGGUUGUCCUUCUCGUCAUGGCGUGCACUAUAAUGUUCUUCUACGGAAGACAAUUUGCAACAACACUCAGCGAUCUGAACCGGAAAGCCAACCCGGAGUUGGCUACCUUGGAAGAGGAAGAAGAAGAUUACCAAACAUCUAAUCGCCAACCGAACGUCAAAAACUCGUCCCUCCUAGAGCUUCCUAGUGAAACAUUUGAAAUUGACAAUCCGACUUACCGAAGCCGAUACUGCGAUUCGAUAUCCGGUUACAUCUCAAACUGGAUCAGUCGUCCCAAUGAGAUGAAGUUGAACAUAAUAUCAGCGUUUGCAGUCACCAACGGCAAACAUGCUUGGUACCUGAAUGGCAACAACAACCUUAACAGUGCUAAAAAUAACCAAAACAAUUAUGUGAAUAAAAAUAAAAAUUUCAACAGCAAUCAAGUUAAUUACAAUGACUUUCUAAUCAACAAUCAAGAUAUAAUCAGUUACGACAGAGUCAGUAAUCACUCGAUUAAAAAUCUUAAUGAACGCAACGAUGAAGAUAACAACACUAAGACUAUCAACAACGACAUCAUUAAUAUUAAUUCAAAAAACAUCAACAACACUGAUGAAGACGCCAUUCGAAAUGACAUUCACCUAUCAUCACAUCAACUUCAUCCUGACAUCAACAAUGAACAUAUCAACAACAAUUCCAACAACAACGCUGUUGUAAGCGGCAACAGCAACAACAACAUCAAAACAAACGUUAUUGUCGACAAAAGCAACGUUGGUUACAACAAAAUUAAUAACAGGAAGCACAAUGACGACACUAUGCAAAAGAAAAUUGAUACAAAAGGUAUCCACACCGUAAAAAACAACAACAUGAAAAACAACAAAAGCAUUAACUACAAAAACAUUAGCAACAACAUUAACAACAACAACGUAAAUAACAACAGCAACAAAAACAUAAACCGUAAAAACAAGAAAAUUUUCAUAAACAUAUGCACUGAAAGACUCCUUCAACUUGCUCAUUUGGCAAACCACAAAGACCUCACCCCAAGACCAUGA